AUCCCUAACACAUCUGUCAACAUAACCUCAAAUGUUGUUCGUAUUUGUCAAAAUUAUAAAUGUUCAUUUAUUUAUCGGGAUAAUGACACCUUAUCAGCAAUAAUUCUAUAUUGUUUAUUUUUAUCAGAACUAAUAUUAUUACUUAGCUCCUUGAUCCUGUCAUGGCACUGAGCCGUAUGGUUAAAUUUUCAAGUUUAAUCUCCAAAGAGGUUUUUCUGCAACAGUAUAGCAAUCGAAAUACCUUACGUAUCCAGAAAUCAGUCAGAAACUUUCGGAGAAAUAGAAACAACCAUGAAGAACCUAAAGUUAACCAAGAUAGCCUUGCUACUCCAUUCACAAAUGCUACUAUUGAUUCUAGGAACCUACAAGUUGGGAGGUUGAUGAAGCCCUUUUUGUUCACAGUUGGGGUAAACAAUGUCAUUCUUGUUGGACCUUGACAUUAACAAUAUUAUAUCCUUAAUCUACCAGACAACUUUGACUAAUCUUGUUCGAGCCAUUUACCAAAUAAACAUAUGAAGAAGUUUGGCAAGUUGUUUCCACCAUACUAAUUGGAAAUACUCAUACUCAAUACUCAUGUUGGAAAAAUUGCUUAAAAAUUCCUGCUGGAUGAUAGUCAUGUAUGUUGAUGUUGAGAGUGGUUGAUAGUCAAUAGGCAACCAUUUUUUGGCUCUUCUUACAAGUUGUUAAUUGCACCUAUGCCCUUUGGGGGUUACAUCUGUAUAUAAAAUGCACAGUUUUUUUUUAUUUUAGCAAUAUUUUAGACAUAAAAUUACACAAUUUACCACCUAAACAGUAGUAUUUCUAAAUAACCUGUGUGAAAAUCAAAUUCAGUUUUCAGGAGCUACUUUUCUAGGAGCUGUGAUAUGGGAAUAUGAAAAUAUGCGUAGACAUGCUAUAAAACAUCUGAAAAAGCCAGUAAAGUUUUUCAAACAGAAGGUAGAUGAAGGGUUCCAUGCCUCAACAGAAUUAACUCAAGAAAUUUACAACUGGUGGAAUAGGCUAACAACAGGCGAGAAGGUAUUUGUCCCAAUUUGCGCAAUAAAUAUUCUUGUCUUUGCUGCAUGGAGAGUACCCAGAUGGCAGCCAUUCAUGAUGAAAUAUUUCUGUUCAAACCCUGCCACUCAAAACGUGUGCCUUCCUAUGCUGUUGUCAACCUUCAGCCAUUACUCAGGAAUGCAUUUGCUAGCUAAUAUGUAUGUCUUGCAUAGCUUCAGUACAGGUGCAGUCCAAAGUUUAGGAAUGGAACAGUUCCUGGCACUUUACUUGAGCGCUGGAGUUGUAUCAAGCUUUACUAGCUAUUUUUACAAAGUAGUGACCAAGCAACCAGGGUUAUCAUUAGGAGCAUCUGGCGCCAUAAUGGCAGUAUUAGGCUAUGUCUGUACUCAGUUUCCAGAUACAAGAUUAGGAAUAAUUCUGCUCCCAAUUAUUACCUUCUCGGCUGGAUCGGCGAUAAAGUUCAUAAUGGGCCUGGACUUAGCAGGUGUGCUGUUAGGCUGGAAAUUUUUUGAUCAUGCUGCUCAUUUAGGAGGAGCUGCCUGGGGAAUUACAUACGCUUUGUGGGGCAACAACUUUAUUUGGCAGAGGAGAGAGCCAGUUUUACACUAUUGGCACGAACUUAGAGGGUCAAUAAAGUGAACAAAGUUGACAAUAAAACUGUCACAACUAAACCAUGUAAAUACUAAUUAUUUGUAUUAUACUAUAUAAAUACACACAUUUGCAAUUCACUUUCAUUUUUUU